UUAAUUUAAACAAAGAACCACCAAUUCAGCCACUUCGUUCAGGAACUGUUAUUGGAGUUCAGGUGAUGUUGAAGUUUUCUGUUGAUUCAGUUGAAAAAGGAAGCUUUUUGGUGGGCCGGAAUUGGUUUCAUUGCAGAGAAAGUUUGUGUUUUGGAUAUCGCUUGACUCAGCUUUGAUGUGAUAUUAAAGCCGAAUGCAGAUGUUGAAGCAAUAGAAAGUGUGAUUUGUCGGGUUGUGCUACAAACUCAAAGCUACUAAAGGCUUUAAACCAGUGGGGUAGUGUGAUGGGUUGUGAGUGUUCUAAACUUGCCUCUUGUUGCUGGGAAGGACAGAGUGGCCCCAUUCACGAGGCUCAAAAUCCUGAUGAGGAGAAAGACGAAGUUGGCGAUUUGCCAGCAUUCUGUGAGUUUACAUUUGAUCAGCUCAGGAUAGCUACAUCUGCAUUUGCUGUAGAGAAUAUAGUUUCGGAACAUGGUGAAAAAGCUCCAAAUGUUGUUUAUAAAGGAAAGCUGGAAAACCAGAGGUCGGUUGCUGUUAAACGCUUCAAUAGAUCUGCAUGGCCUGAUUCCCGCCAGUUUUUAGAAGAAGCAAGGUCCGUUGGUCAACUCCGCAACAAUAGGUUAGCAAAUCUUCUUGGCUGUUGUUGCGAGGGUGAUGAGAGGUUGCUAGUUGCAGAAUUCUUGCCCAAUGAGACACUUGCAAAGCAUCUAUUUCAUUGGGAUACACAACCAAUGAAGUGGGCGAUGCGGUUAAGGGUGGCCUUGUAUAUUUCGCAGGCUCUUGAAUAUUGUACAGGCAAAGGGCGUGCUCUUUAUCAUGAUCUUAAUGCUUAUAGAAUAUUAUUCGAUGAAGAUGGUGAUCCCCGACUCUCUUGCUUUGGUUUGAUGAAGAACAGUCGAGAUGGAAAAAGUUACAGCACAAACUUGGCAUUUACUCCUCCUGAAUAUUUGAGGACAGGAAGGAUCACCCCCGAGAGUGUGAUAUUUAGCUUCGGGACACUUUUGCUUGACCUUCUCAGUGGAAAGCACAUCCCUCCUAGCCAUGCACUGGAUCUGAUAAAAGACCGGAAUCUUGAGAUGCUAACUGAUUCUUGCUUGGAAGGUCAGUUUUCUACUGAUGACAUAACUGAAUUGGUACGGAUUGCUUCAAGAUGUCUCCAAUACGAGCCUCGUGAGCGGCCGAAUCUAAAGUCAUUAGUUGCUGCAUUAUAUCCUCUUCAAAAAGAAGCCGAGGUUCCCUCUCAUGUAUUAAUGGGUAUAUCAUGUAAUGGCGAAACUAUGCCUCUAUCUCCACUUGGUGAAGCUUGCCUGAAAACGGACUUGACUGCCAUCCAUGAGAUCUUAGAAGCGCUUGGGUACAAAGAUGACGGGGGAGCAGCUACUGAGCUUUCAUUUCAAAUGUGGACAGAUCAGAUGCUGGAAACAUUGAACUCAAAGAAAAAGGGUGAUGUUGCUUUCAAGAAUAAGGAUUUUAGUGCUGCCAUUGAUUGCUAUACGCAGUUUAUUGAUGUUGGAACUAUGGUCUCCCCAACUGUAUAUGUUCGUCGUAGUCUGUCUUAUCUCAUGAAUGAUAUGCCACAAGAAGCUCUCAAUGACAUAGUACAAGCACAAGUGAUAUCUCCUGUUUGGCAUAUUGCAUCAUAUCUGCAAGCCGCUUCUCUUUUCACAUUGGGGAAGGAAAAUGAGGCACUAAUCGCACUUAGAGAGGCUGCCAUACUCGAACAAGAAAAGAACGCAUCUUCUUGAAAGUGGCAAGUGGAGCUUAAACCUAGAGGAGCUACUGAUCUUUCACCUCGUGUACGCAAUGGUUGGUAAAUUGUUUAUAGAGCAUUCUUUUGCAACAUAAUUGGAUGGGGUUGGUUUUGGUCAUAUAUUUCCCUUUGUAUCUACAAGUUAGUCCUUCUUGUAGUUGAUUGAUCUUUGCCAAUAACACAAUCUCUGGAAAUUUUUUAUAGUGUCAUGGGGCGGGCCCAUCAUCUCCGAGUUUUGAAGGUUGCGGUUGGCCCAAAUGGUCGGUUCCUGACGGGUUUUUCGGUCUUAAAAAAAAAUAGUACCAUGGGUUCCUAAACAUAUAAGACCUGUGGAAAAGUAUGGAGAGAGAAUAGCAAGCUGUAAUUUUUGUACAGUGCUAUGUGGUUGGUCAACUGAGUUUUUUUUCUUCUUCCUUUUUUCUCUCUUAUGGUUUUAUUGUGGGAUUAAUUUUACAAUACUUAUUUUUAAGUAUUUGUAACUGAUGUAACUUGCAAAAUAUUGUUUGUAAUGUUGUAUCCUUUCUCAAGAUUCUUGUAGUAUGAAUGCUACAUCACCAAUUCAAAUAUGAUGUGUCAACAAUGA